AUGGAUUUUGGCUACACCAUGAAAGCUUUGAGAAGCAAGAAGAAGAUUGGCGUAAGAAUUGUAUCCUUGUUAGAAGACACAAAGCCAAAGACUCAUAUGGACUUUGGCUACACCAUGAAAGCUUGGAGAAGCAAGAAGAAGGUUGGUGUAAGAAUUGUAUCCUUGUUAGAAGACACAAAGCCAAAGACUCAUAUGGACUUUGGCUACACCAUGAAAGCUUUGAGAAGCAAGAAGAAGGUUGGCGUAAGAAUUGUAUCCUUGUUAGAAGACACAAAGCCAAAGACUCAUAUGGACUUUGGAUACACCAUGAAAGCUUUGAGAAGAAAUAAAAAGGUUGGUUACUGCGUAAGAAUUGUAUCCUUGUUAGAAGACACAAAGCCAAAGACUCAUAUGGACUUUGGCUACACCAUGAAAGCUUUGAGAAGCAAGAGGAAGGGUGACACAAAGCCAAAGACUCAUAUGGACUUUGGCUACACCAUGAAAGCUUUGAGAAGCAAGAAGAAGGUUGACACAAAGCCAAAGACUCAUAUGUACUUUGGCUACACCAUGAGAGCUUUGAGAAAACUUAAACCGCAACCGGAUCUUAAAGGUGUAAGAAUUGUAUCCUUGUUAGAAGACACAAAGCAAAAGACUCAUAUGGACUUUUGCUACAUCAUGAAAGCUUUGAGAAGCAAGAAGAAGGUUGACACAAAGCCAAAGACUCAGAUGGACUUUGGCUACACCAUGAAAGCUUUGAAAAGCAAGAGGAAGGUUGACAGAAAGCCAAAGACUCAUAUGUACUUUGUCUACACCAUGAAAGCUUUGAGAAGCAAGAGGAAGGUUGAACUUAAACCGCAACCCGAUGUUAUAAGCCUAAGUAGUGUUUCCUUGUUAGAAGACACAAAGCCAAAGACUCAUAUGGACUUUGGCUACACCAUGAAAGCUUUGAGAAGCAAGAAGAAGGUUUGCGUAAGAAUUGUAUCCUUGUUAGAAGACACAAAGCCAAAGACUCAUAUGGACUUUGGCUACACCAUGAAAGCUUUGAGAAGCAAUAAAAAGGUUGACACAAAGCCAAAGACUCAUAUGGACUUUGGCUACACCAUGAAAGCUUUGAGAAGCAACAAGAAGGUUGGCGUAAGAAUUGUAUCCUUGUUAGAAGACACAAAGCCAAAGACUCAUAUGGACUUUGGAUACACCAUGAAAGCUUUGAGAAGAAAUAAAAAGGUUGGUUACUACAGAAAGCCAAAGACUCAUAUGGACUUUGUUUACACCAUGAAAGCUUUGAGAAGCAAGAAGAAGGUUGGCGUAAGAAUUGUAUCCUUGUUAGAAGACACAAAGCCAAAGACUCAUAUGGACUUUGGCUACACCAUGAAAGCUUGGAGAAGAAAGAAGAAGGUUGGCGUAAGAAUUGUAUCCUUGUUAGAAGACACAAAGCCAAAGACUCAUAUGGACUUUGGCUACACCAUGAAAGCUUUGAGAAGCAAGAGGAAGGGUGACACAAAGCCAAAGACUCAUAUGGACUUUGGCUACACCAUGAAAGCUUUGAGAAGCAAUAAAAAGGUUGACACAAAGCCAAAGACUCAUAUGGACUUUGGCUACACCAUGAAAGCUUUGAGAAGCAAGAAGAAGGUUGGCGUAAGAAUUGUAUCCUUGUUAGAAGACACAAAGCCAAAGACUCAUAUGGACUUUGGAUACACCAUGAAAGCUUUGAGAAGAAAUAAAAAGGUUGGUUACUACACAAAGCCAAAGACUCAUAUGGACUUUGGCUACACCAUGAAAGAUUUGAGAAGCAAGAAAAAGUUUGACACAAAGCCAAAGACUCAUCUGGACUUUGGCUACACCAUGAAAGCUUUGAGAAGCAAGAAGAAGGGUGGUUAG